AUGGCUCUAACUCCAGCUACAUCUCUAAACCACAUUUGUAGCAACAACACAAGAAGCAAUCUAUCAUUCAAAAACCCAAAACUCAUCACAUUAUUCCCAUACACCCUUAUAACCACCACACCAAUAAUUAAAUCUUCACAACGAGUGACAGCAAGGCGCGAUGACGUGGUGGUUAUCGCCGCUGACGAGGAAAUGGACAAAAUCCGGCGACUGCAAAACGGGUCAGACGUGCGCGGGGUGGCGGUGCACGGCGAGAAGGGGCGGCCGGUAGACCUGACUCCGGCGGCCGUGGAGGCCAUAGCCGAGAGCUUCGGGGAGUGGGUGGCGGCGGCAGCCGUCGAGGAAGGGUCGGUUAGGGUUUCGGUUGGGAGAGACCCGAGAGUCUCAGGACCCAUGCUGAGUGUGGCAGUGUUUGCAGGGCUCGGGAGGGCCGGGUGCGCGAUGACAGCAUCCCACUUGCCCUACACACGCAACGGCUUAAAAUUCUUCACGAGGAAAGGUGGGCUCACGUCCACACAAGUUGAAGAAAUUUGUGAUAAAGCGGCCCAAAAAUAUGCCAACCGCCAGGCCAAAUUGUGGACCGCGCUUAGAGUCGAGCCCAAGAGAGUCAACUUCAUGAGCGCCUAUGCCGAGCAUCUUAGAAACAUAAUCAAGCAAAAAAUAAUCGUAAACGCUGGAAACGGGUCCGGAGGAUUCUUCACGUGGGAUGUAUUGGAUAGGCUCGGGGCCGACACAUUCGGGUCGCUAUACCUAAACCCGGACGGCAUGUUCCCGAACCACAUUCCCAACCCAGAGGACAAGACUGCAAUGUCGGUAACUCGGUCGGCUGUGCUCGACAACCGAGCUGAUCUCGGAGUCGUCUUCGACACGGACGUUGAUCGGAGCGGAGUCGUUGAACGGGACGGGAACCCCAUCAACGGCGACCGACUCAUCGCCUUAAUGUCGGCCAUCGUGUUGAAGGAGCACCCGAGCACGACUGUGGUAACCGAUGCCCGCACGAGCAUGGCUCUCACGAGGUUUAUCAACAAAAAGGGCGGGAAACACUGCUUAUAUAGGGUCGGGUAUCGGAAUGUGAUCGACAAAGGGGUGACGCUCGAUCGGGAUGGGGUGGAGACGCACCUCAUGAUGGAGACAUCGGGCCACGGGGCUCUCAAGGAGAAUCACUUUCUCGACGAUGGUGCAUAUAUGGUGGUUAAAAUAAUCAUUGAGAUGGUGAGGAUGAAACUCGAAGGAUCGGAUGAAGGGAUCGGGAGCUUGAUAAAGGAUCUUGGAGAGUCACUCGAAUCAGCCGAGCUCAGGAUGAACAUAUUGUCUGAGCCUAGAUUUGCCAAGGCCAAAGGCGUGGAGGCUAUCGAGGAAUUCAAAAAUUACAUUGAGCAAGGAAAACUGGAAGGGUGGGAAUUGGAUUCUUGUGGAGAUUGCUGGGUAAGUGAAGGCUGCCUUGUGGACUCCAAUAACUCACCUGCCGCCAUUGACGCUUAUAUGUACAGGGCUAAAGUCUCAUCUGCAGAGCACGGAGAAAUUGGGUGGAUACAUUUAAGGCAGAGUAUUCACAACCCAAACAUAGCCGUUAAUUUUCAGUCCACAAUUCAAGGAGGUUGCAAGACCAUGACAAGAGCACUCAGAGAAAAGUUCCUUUCACCCAGUGGAUUGGACAAAAUCCUCGAUACUUCACAGAUUGACGAGUACGCCACAAACGGGAGAAUAUAGUCUUAAAGAAUUCAAGUGGCCGAGUAUAUAUGUAUAGAAAUUAAUUUGUAGUCAAUGUCAUUAUUAUGGAUGAUGAUCUUAUUUGUGGUCGAGCUCUAGCUAGUGGAGGCUCUCGAAUUCCUUGGUGUGUUCAAUUGAGAAAUCGAUGAGUCCGUAAACUUGUUUACGGCCUCAAUCCUUUGCCACUUCAACUUGUUUUUUCCAUCUGUUUAUACUUAUUGUGCCAAACGAACCCAAUUAAUAGAUCUUUUGAAGUUUGACAUUAGCAUAAAAGAAAGAAAGAAAUGGCAUAAUAACGGGAUGUGAUUAUUUGUAUAAAA